AUGGAUCAUGUAAGCGAAGUUAUUUCAAGGGCAUUUCACGACUCCGAAAUAGCAAAACAUUUUUCCUGUAGAAGAACUAAAUUUGCCGCAAUUGCCUACAACAUCUUAGGCAACAACUUCGAAGAAAAAAUGCUUGCAGAAUUACGUCCAAAACUGGAAAAUGAAACUGAGAGAAACCCAGUAUUUUCGCUCAUUAUCGACAAGAGCCAUAUGUCAGUACUGCCAAGAUGUCAAUCAUUUUUGAUCGAGUUGAGUAACCAAUUUCUGCAAAGACUGCCUGUACAAGAUAAUUUUUUGCAGGAUUUGUCGUUCAUCGAUCACCAAAAAGCAGUGUAUGGUGAAUUUCGAACUCUGAUAAGAAUACUCCGAAGGUUUCCUAACUUAGUUGCAACAGAAAACAUGCAAAUUCUUGACAAUGAAUAUAGGGAAUUAAAAUUAGAUCUUUCCAUGACUAAUUUAUUGUCAACUUCUAGUUCGACGUCUGAAACUUUUAUGUUGGAUACAUUUUGGAGUGAAGUCAGCCAAAUCUGUGAUGCGAAUAACAAACCAAAGUAUGGCAAUUUGUCCCGAUUUGUGAAGCAAAUGACGAUACUACCUUUGUCAAAUGCCAAAGUGGAAAGAAUAUUUUCCGAUAUUAAUAGGAUUAAAAAUCAAGAUCGAAAUCGAUUUAAUAAUAAGAAUGUUGCUGCAAUAAUGCAUGGAAAAGAGGGGCUACGACAGUUGGAAGGAGGAUGUGGCAGAUUUGAUCCUGACAGAAGUAUGAUUAAAUUAAUGGACUCAAAACAACUUUAUGAUAAUGAUACCCAACAUAAAGACGAAGAAUCUUAA